GUUGGGGGGGUGACAUCACAAACGAGUUUGUCGCCUUCCGAGUCUCGGUCUCGGUCUCGGGUCGUCGUCGUCGUCGUUGUCUCCCUUUCCUCGAAGCGGCAAGAGUACGAGAGGCCGAGAGGGAGAGGUCGACAUCAGCCAGCACCGUUCAUAUAUAUAACGACGGCCGCACCGAAUCCUCCCUUGUCAUCCGACUUGACAUCGAUCCACCCCACCAGAUAAUUCGCACCGCCCACAUCAUAAACAGCCAAUCAUCAACAUCAAGAUGGUCUCCUCGAUCACCCUUCUCACCACCGUCGCUGCUCUCGCCGCUCAGGGUAUCAAUGCUAUCGCUAUCCAGUCCAUUCAACAGAACGGUAACUGUCUUCAGGUUGACGGGACCCCUCGUGUAGGGUCCAACGUUAUCCUCAGUGGCUGUAACCCGAACAACGCCCUUUCGGCCACUCAGACCAAUCAACAAUGGUCUAUCCAGCUCGGGAACAACGAUGCCGUCCAGCUCUUGGGCACCUUGUUGUGCCUCGACGUUGCCUCGGACACGCCUGACCAGCAAGCGAGACUGGCCGUCUGCAACGGAUCUCCCACCCAGACCUGGUACCUGACCGACGAUGACCACAUCGCCAUCACCGGUGGAAACCAGUGUCUGAUUGUCAAUGACAACAACGCUGUUACGUCCACGUGCGGAGGUGCCAAUCAGCCCGAACAGUUCUUCAACUUCAACCUCUUGUUCGACACCGAGACUGCCACUUCGCUCGUCAGCGCUCCGACCACCCUCCCGGCCGGUGCCACGUCCACGGGAGCCGGGGCUGGUGGAGUAGGUGUUGGUGCUGGUCAGACCACCGCGGCGACUGCUACCGGCUCGGCGGUCUCACCCAUCUCGUCGAUUGCAUCCUCGAUCGCCUCAGAGGUCAGUUCGGUUAUGUCGAGCGCCUCGUCCGCCGUCGGGUCUGGAACGGGAGCUGCGGGUGGCAUCAUCGGAGGAAGCACUGGACAGAUGACCGGGACCAUGACAGGAACCAUGACUGGCGCUGGAGGAGCUUCGGGUGGGAUCGUCGGAGGAUCUACUGGACAAAUGACUGGGACCAUGACCGGAACUGGUGCUAUGGGGACCGCCGCUUCUUCCAUGAUGAGCGGGGCCGGGGCCGGUGCUGCUGGUCAGAGCCUUACUACCAACUCGGACGGUGUCGUCUCUACCAGUAAGCGCGGAGAUGCCCUCGUCCGCAAUCCUCGACUAGAUGUGAACUGACCGUCUUGCUCUUGCCUCGUUCUCAACAAAACAGUCUCUGGA